ACCACCCCUGCUCUCCAUGCCUCUCCCGAAGCCCCGCCCCUCCGGAAGCCCCGCCUCCAUACCGCGCCUCGGCCGGGCCUGCCCCUCAGGAAGUCCCGCCUCCACGCCUCGCCCCGCCCCUUCCACCUGUACCGUACGCCAGGCCAAGCCGCGAGGUCUUGUCACGCCCCUUGGCCUCGCCCCUCACAGGCGCUUGCGUGCUGAAGCCCAGGUUUUCUGGUGUCAGCACUGGUUCCCAGGAUGGAUGUCCCAGCGGGGGCCACCUUGUCCUGCCCGUUGCCAUGGUGACCAAAGCCCUCGAGAGGCGAGGCCUCGGAGCUUCCCACCCUCACCUGGUGGGUGUCCAGGCGGACCUCCAGGACCUUGCUGGCCAGAAAUAGUGCUGGUGGAGAGCCUAGGCUUCCAGCCUCAGGAGAUUCUACCAACAGUGCAUCCUGACACCUGCACCAGAGAGGAAGCCAGGACUUUUCCUUCCUACCACAUGGUAAUUCCCGUGCUGUCAGGAGGGCCACAGGGGCAACCUGGACAUGUAUCCCAUGUGGCAGUAACAAGAUACCCCUUCGCUCCUAAUUGAGGAAGAAUCAUAGGAAGGCUGGUGGAAGGCUGGGACUUUCACCAUUACGUAGUAGUAAUAAGGCACCUCCAUCUCAGUGGAGUGGAGACGAUGUGAACUUUGCUAAACUUGCAUCCCUGACUAGCAGUGAAAAGUACCCUGCCUUGGGUAUCAGUGGAGACUGAUUGGGAACCUGGAUUUGUAACUCCAUCUGGCAUUAAGAAGUGGUAACUGUCACUCCCAUGCCAGAGCAGUGGAGGUCAUGAGAGUAGUUGAAUUUGUAAAUCAGCUGAGUAAAAGUAUGGGUAGCCUGGGAACCCUAUUUGCAGCUGGUAUCUAAUAUGGUGCUAGUAGUAUGGGAUGAAGUCCUUUAACUUGUGGAGUCUGACGAAAGCUCAGAAUAGUUAGUGUCAGAAUGGAAUUUUAGGAUACUCAGUUGGUGACACAUUUGGUGUAAGGUACCACAACACAGUAAUUAAAACUGUAAGUAAGUACAAUAGGCUCUCCUCCUCUUGAGUAUUCAAAACUAUGACAACUGAAGCAGAACCGUAACAUUGAUGUGUUUUUUGGUUUUCGUACUGGGAACUGAACUCAGAACCUUCUGCUCAUGAGGCAGGCACAUACACCACUGAGCUACAUCCCUGGCCCUUGAUGUGUUUUAAAUAAACGUAGAAAAAUAUUUAAGGCUAUCUACAGGAGAAAGGAGAAGUAAAGAAAGAUAUGGUUUCUAUAUGUCACUCAAUCUGGAAAAAUGAUACCAUUAAACUAUGAUACAUUAUGGGCAGAUAAUGUAGUACCUUGAGAUAUCCAUUUAAAAAACCAUACACAGAGAUACACUAAAAAACAAUAGAGAUGAAUCAAAGUGAAAUUCUAAAAUAUGUUCAAAAACCCAUAGGAGGCAGGACAAAUGCUAUCGUUUGGAUCUUGAAUUUCCCCCAAAGGCCUGUGUGUUGAAGGCCUGGUCCCUUACUCGUGGAGGUUUGGUGUGAAACCCUGAGGAGAUAAGGCCUGGUGAAAGGUAGAAAGGUCACUGUGGGUGUGCCUUCUUUGCUUCCCCUGUGCAUCUCAGCCCUGAAAUGAAUGGUUUUGCUAUGCCUGUGCUCCCUACUAUAAUGCACUGCCUUGCCACAGGCUCAAAAGCAAUGAGGCAGACCAACCAUAGACUGUGUAAUGGUUGACUGAUUGUGUCAACCUGAGAAGUUUAGAAGUUCAACUAAGUUGGCUAAGUAAUUCUACAACCUACAAUACAUGUAGUUGCCUUGUCACCUGGACGGUGUAAAGGGGAAAUGAAGGACGGACUUGCUUCUGUUCUUUGGAGGAGCUCAUCUUCACCUUCAGUUUGGAUGUCAUCUCCUGGAUUCUAGCAUAGACUCUUCAUCUUCUGCCUCAGCUCCUUUAGCCUUCUGGCAUAGACUCAUCAGCCUUAUAUCACAGACCCAUCGGCCUCCUGAUAUGGACUGCCAUGGGACACUGCAGUGAACUCCAGACCUUGGACUGAAACUUUUAGCCACCAGGGUGCAGACUCCCUCUGCAUGCUUCCUCAUUCAAUUUUGUGGCUGACCAUUGUAAGCUAAUCUUGUAAUUUCUUAUACAUUUAUAUAUGUUGUGUGAUAUCUGUUUCCCUAGUAAAACACUGACUGAUACAGACUGAAACCACUGAAACUGUGCACUAGAAGAUACGUUUUCUUUUUAAGUUAAUUAUCUCAGAUAUUUUGUCACAGUAAUAGAAUGCUGACUAACACAAAAAGACCAAAAACAGGAGCUAUGAAAGCAGAAAGAACCAAUGGAAAAAAAACAUGGCAGACUUGGACCCUAGCAUACCAGUAAUCACGUUAAAUUUCAAUGGUCUAAAUACACCAAUUAAAAGAGCUUGGUGGAAGAGAUUUAAAUACAUGCCCCAAUUAAUUAUAUGCUAUCACAAGAAACUCACGUCACAUAUAAUGAUAUAGGAGGGUUAAAGGAUGGAAAAAGUU